AUGGAUGUGCAUGCAUUACAGGAUACUCAGAAAACUGCAACCACCCCCCUCCAGCCUGACGGCUGGCUACCAGAGGACCUUGAACAUAUCGGCUUUCAAGACUCUUUAGGGAAUUGGUGUUGCAGGCACGGGGACUGCGCAAACGAUAGGACCUUUAUGCGGGCGUGCGAUCUACAGAAGCACUAUCGGUCCCACCUGAAGUACUUUUUCUGCAAUAGCGAGUCUUGUCCCUUGGCUCUAACAGGCUUUUUAACAAGAAAAGAUUUGCAGCGGCAUAUGCGAUCGCACAAUCCGGACAUUACUUGCCCCGAGCCAGGAUGUAGAAGGAAGUUUGGAAGAGUUGAUAAUAUGAGACCACAUCAUGUCAAAAUGCACCAGAGUGCUAAAAACAGUAUUUUCCCACCAGCAUGUCGAACACAAGGAGUUCCUCUAAAUCUUAAGCACAAAGUCCAAGACCAGUAG